AUGGGGAAAGCCAAGACGCCCCGGAAGAACGGCGCCGCCUCCGCCGCGUCCCCAUAUUCGCGGCCAACUGGCAAGGGAUCGGCACAGAAGAACAACGUCUUCAAGUUCAACACGAACGUCGGACAGCACAUUCUCAAAAACCCCGGCGUGGCAGAUGUCGAGCUCGAUCCUCGGAUGGCGGCCGAAGUCACAAAACGUGUGCAGGGUACGCCCUUACAAAAGAAGCUGGAGGUCCUUUUAGGCGAUGCCAUCAAGACCGAGUUCCCUCCGUUCGACGUCUGCAUCUCGAAUACGCCGUACCAGAUCAGCUCGCCCCUUGUCGUCAACGCCCAGUUUUUCGCCCGCAUCACUCACGUCCUCAAGGUCGGCAAAGCCAACUUUAAACCCCCUCCACAGGUCGAGUCGGCCGUGGUGCGCAUCACGCCCAGAACAGGCUCCGAGAAGCCGAAAUUCAAUUUCGCCGAAAUGGAUGGCAUGCUGAGAAUCUCCUUCACGCGCAAAAACCGCACGCUCCGUGCCUCAUUUGUUAGCAAAGAAGUCCUUGCCAUGCUCGCCCGUAACUACAGAGUGUACGCUUCGAUGAACGGCAUAGCUGUGGACGACAGCCUGGUGGAAGACGCCGCUGCAGAUGACGAUGACGGCGAAGAUGCCGACAUGGACGUUGAUGACGAUGCCGACAACGACGCCCGGGCCGACGAGGAGGACGAGUUUGGCGGCAUGGAUGUCGACGACAACGAUGGCGACCUGCCGACGUUCUUCAAAGAGAAGCCGUACGUACCGCCGCCCAAGACACCAAGCAAGCGCAAGCGGACCAAGGUCGACGAGCUCGUGCGCACAAAAGUGCUGCGCGUUCUAGAGCAACUGGAAAUGGCCGACCGGCGCUCCAGGCAGUGUGAUGAGACAGACUUUUUAAAGCUUCUGGAUGCGAUGAACAGCGAGGGUAUCCACUUCUCGUGA